UGUGUGAAUGGAAGUCCCGGAAACACGACCUUUCCCCACCAUGCAGGCAGGCAGCAGGAGGCAGCAGCCUGGUCAUUGCCUUGUGUUACUCAUCAUUAGCCGGCUGUCUCACCGCAGGCUCAUCUGUCACGGGCUCCUGGCUGCAGACACUCAUCAUCUAUUACACAGCACAAUGCCCUGGUCUGAUGUGUUUGUUUGAGAAGAUUGAUGUCCUAAAGUCCACUCCGCAUGUCCUGAUGUCCACCUACUGGAAAAAGAGGGCUCCCGAAGAGUCCUGUGUGCUAUGCUGGUGUCCCUCUUGCAUGCAGUCUCUCUCCAUGCUUUAAAUGUAACAGACCCUCUCGCUCGAAGCUCCAUUCAAAAAAGCUACGAUCUCACAAAGUAUCUGGAACACCAACUGCGCUCUCUGGCUGGGCCUUACCUAAACUAUCUUGGCCCACCUUUCAACGAUCCAGACUUUAACCCCCCACGUGCUGGUGGACAAGAAACUAUCCCUAGCGCCUCGGUGGACUUUCACAUGUGGCGGAAUCUCAAUGAUGGUCUACGCCUGGCAGAAAACCACCGGGCAUACAGCCUGCUCCUUUGCUACUUGCGUUCUAUUGACAGUGAAGUGGCUCGGACCGAACUUCGAAGAAGCUUGGGCCGCUUCUGUACCAGCCUGCAGGGUUUAGUCGUCAGCAUUGCUGGGGUGAUGUCUUCAUUGGGCUAUAAGCCACCACAGGAGCUGGCCACUUCUUCUCCUCCAGCAGCUAUGGGAUUUGGGAGGGGGAAUGACUUUCUACGCAAGAUGGAGGACUUCUGGCUGCUGAAAGAGCUGCAGAUAUGGCUUUGGAGGUCGGCAAAGGACUUUAACCGGUUAAAAAGGAAAGUACCAGCCGUGGUAGCCUUCCGAAUGGAUUCCCGCGGUUUUUGAGGCAGUGGGAAGGAUGUAUUACAUGUAUAGUAUGGGCUUAUGAUUUAAGCAGUGACAAAGGGGGAGAGUACUCCAUAAGCAGAUUAAUUUACUCUGUGAUACAUUCAGAAACAUGCCAUGCGGGUAUGCUGGGAGAUCGGCCGCAUUGUCAAAGUGACGAUCGAUAUAAAGAGGAGUAUUCAAAAUUCACCAUAUGCCGGCGCGGAAGGAAAUCCACCAGGUCUGGAAGCAUUGGUCAGAGAAAUAUGGCGGCUUAGAACUCUAAUCUCAGAGCUUGUGCGGCUUGUACCAGCAAGAGAACAAAGAACAUGGAAACACUAUUUGACAUGAACAAUGAAAGAAAACAAAAUGAAGGUGCCAUGAGACCGAUGGUGGUGGAAUGAAUGUGGCAAUGCACAAUUUUCAGGUUAUUUAUGGUUAAACAGAGCUUUAUAAUGAGGUGAACAACCACUCUUUUAUAGCAUAGCUUUAUGAUUAAUAUACAACUUGGGGGUUCUGUAUCCCCAGUUUACAUUUGCAAAUAUCUAUGCCAAAAUUGUUUAAAGGGAGCUAGGCCCGGAUGUCCAAUUUUUGGUCUUUGAAUACGGCUUCGUUUUUCAUGCCACUGUUUUGUAUGAGUGCAGCCAUGUUAUAGGACAGCAAGCCUUGACAUAAUUAUGCAUUGGGAAGUUAUGUGGUUCUGCAGGGAGGGGGUGUCCAGUAUUAGAGUUUUAUCCCCUUCAGAGGACGGUGCUACGGGAACCAUGGGACCAGAAAUGAAAGCCCACCCCAAAAAAUACCCAAAAAAAUGUUUGUCAUGAGGCCUGGUGGUUGUGUGUUACGCCCCUGGUUAUAAGUGUGUAGAAACAGCUGUAGUAGCUACAGUGAUAGAAGUUCUAAUGAAUAAAUCCAUGGUUACACACAUCAUCACAAGCAAUAAUCACAAAUCACAUUUCAUAUCAAUCUCUAGAAAACACUCUGAUGUGAUAAGUUGUUUAAAAUUAAAAAUAAUUGAACUUUGAAUUCUAUUUGUGGUAAUGCUCCUCCUCUGUCAGUAUGUAAUGUACAGCCUGUCAUAAGCUGCCACACUAGGCAGAAGCCGCAACACCAUGAGACGGCAGUCUGCAAGCGGGCAAGUUCCAGUGACCUCAAUGAUACUGAGAGGACAUAGCCAGCCAUUUGCAAACCCCAGAUUUUAACAUUAUCUAUUGCAUGAUUUUCUGGGAACUAUGAACUGAAUGUUCUAUGUGCUUUUAGAGGCAUACCCAGCUUCCCGCUGAGGGUCUACGUUUAUACGUCCUCAACGAUGCUAAAUACUACAACCUUUUCUUUGAUCUAUCCUCUACGUAGAGGGCACCCGUCAAUCGUUCCCAGUUAGCAAUUAAUUUAUAUAUUUAUAGUUUUGCACUUCACUUGGCAUGAAAAGUAUAUGUAUAUUAAUGGCUUGCCCUACCGUACAGGUCACUUUUAUGCAUGUCAGCAAAGCCGCCAUCUUCUAGUGGAUAGAUGUUAGUCAUAUUUGAGGGCAUAUUUAAUUUGCACAUCUUUGUUUCCACUUGUUUGUAAAUUUUGUUCCCAUAUUUUGCUAAAAUAAAAAAUAAUAACUUAAAAGUAUUUUAAUUAAUAGUAAUAAAUGUGAAUAUUUAAUUAUAAUAUUAGGGUAUACCUUAAGAGAAUCAGAUUUUUUUUUUUUAAUGAUGUUUAGCAAAUUAUAAAAUCACCCUGCGGCAUUAUGAAUUUACCCAAAAUCUUUUAAUAGACUGACAAAGGGAGAAAUGUAUCAAACCUUGGAGAGAGAUCAAUUACCAGCCAAUCAGCUCUUAACUGUCAUUUUCAAACACAGCCACAACGUGACAGUUAGAAGCUGAUUGGCUGAUACUUUGGGGUCUGUUUACUAAGCUAUGGAGAGAGAUAAAGUACCACCCAACCAGCUCCUGAUAUUUUUUAAACACAGCCUGUAACAUGACAGUUAGGAGUUGAUUGGCUGGUACUUUACCUCUCUCCACUUUAUCUCUACCCAUUGCUUAGUACAUAGAGCCCCCUUUAUCUCUCUCCACUUUAUCUCUACCCAUUGCUUAGUACAUAGAGCCCCCUUUAUCUCUCUCCACUUUAUCACUCUCCAAGGCUUAGUACAUAGACCCUAUAGCCUUUAAAAUGACAGGAGCUGAUUGGCUGGUACGUCAUCUCUCUCCUCUUUAUCUCUCUCCAAGCUUUCAUACGUUUCAUCCAAAGUAACAAGAAAGAAAAUAAUAUAACUAAACAAAACUAGUAUCUGUUCUCUUGAUACAAAAAAAAAAAAAAGUAAAAGUUCAAUUCAAUUUUAUGCGCCCUAUUCAAAAUUCAUCUGGAAACAUAUCUUUUUGUUUCAUUUAAAAAUAAUCAGACUUAAUUUGCCCACCCAUGUGAUGUUAUUGGUCACUUAGGCUGGUUUAGAUGUAAUUGGCUGUAAAUCAGAGCAUACUGGCAGAGAUAAGCAAUGUAGUGUUGUACAAAUAGUAUCCAUUCCUGAUCUCGCUGAUCAAAGCAGCGAAAAGCUGGAUCCUUCAGAUUUGGAAACAUACGUUUAUGACCACCUCUGUCGCUGACCUGGGCUGGCCAUACGUUACCUGGAUAGGCAUGCGUAAGGUCACCUUUAUACUAUAGUUGAUGGUGCAGUGCCAGUAUACACUCACAGUUGUCAUCUGUACACUUUCUGUUUAUCAAAUACCACUGUUUACUUGUACAGUAUGUCCCAGAACUUAGUGUACAAUGGUCAAGGUAUGGGCUGGGGGACUCAGCAGAAGUGGGGUGCAGCUAGCCAAAGAGGGUGUCUCAGUAUUGCUCCCUUCUGAGACAGCUACAAUCUUCAGCUGCUGCUGCUGUCAGGUACUCUGCCAAGUUAGACUGACUGCAGGGGACAUGUACUAAGCAGUGAUAAAAGUUAGCCAGUGGAGAAGUUGCCCAUGGCAACCAAUCAGCAUUGACGUAACAUUUAUAAUUUGCAUACUAUAAAAGUAUACAGAGCAGCUGAUUGGUUGCCAUGAGCAACUUCUCCACUGGCUCACUUCUCCACUUUUAUCAAUGCUUAGUACAUGUCCCCCUAAUAACAACCUUGAAGCUCACUCCUAGCGUUACUUACUAAGAUGUACUGUAGCAGAAAGGGGCAAAUUGCUACUUACAAUGACAGAAUCCUUACCUUUGAGGCUGUUGACAUAUUCAUUGUAAUAUUUAGUAUCUGUCUUCAAGUGCCUUUAUCAUAUGUACAAGACGUGUAUGUAAAAUAGUUGUCCUAUAUGUAUAUACAAAACCCUGUGUGUGAUAAUGUAUUGUUAGUGCUUAUUCUGCUACAGACCUAGGGCAGCCUGACUAAAUGGACCACAACGCCACAAUACACAAGCUAUAUACAGUUUUAUUAACAAAUAAAUAUUAUCACUUCAUUUUUAUCAAGCCCUGGGUUUGUUUUAGGACCAAACAUCAAUUGCAGUAAUAUCUAUGUGGCCACCAAAGAGAGGCUUCGUUUGCAGUCCAUCAUAGAUAUUCUGAGAGGAAGUCUGGUGUGCAUAAGACCAAAAUCUUCCCCCACUAAUUUCAGUUUAACUUCAUUAAUUGUAACAUCACCCUGAUACUUUACUUUUACAUGCACCCAUGUUUUUGAAUUAUUAGUAACGCUCUUAUAUACGCCAUCUUGUAUUUACAUUUAGUGGUCCCGUAUGAGUGUGAAGUGCUUUACACCCUUCCAUAAACGUAUCAGAAGGUGCAUUUCAUACAAUUGUCACAAAUAGCACAAGUAUGCUGUUACCAUAGCAACCAAUUGGGUAUUAAGGUCUAAUGUAAGGCAUGUCUCCAAACUCUCCCUAUUUCAGGGAACUGCCCCAUGAUCAGGACAUUAUUUCCGAUUUACAGUGGGUAGAGCAAUAUUUCCACAAGUGUUUUUAUGUGAAAAACUCUGACCGGGGGUGUUACUUCAGUAAUGUGGUCACACCCCCAUGAUCCGUAGCCUAGUCUUGAAUUACCAUUGGUCGAUGUUGGGAGGUAUGUGCAACAUAUACUAAUGAGAGCUACUGGUUGGUUUCUGGGUUUGUACAUUUGUGCUUUCAACAGCAUAUUGUUAAAUGAACUGCAUAGAGUUUGGAUCACUCUCUGGCACUUAAUUCGAUAUCUGUAUUUGGUAGAUGUUGUUGUGGAGAACUGAAAUAGGCAUGAGGGGGCAGUGGUGAUUUAAUGUGCGCCUGUCCCAGCUUGUGGGAGGUCAUGCCACACUCCUCUGCCCCAGAACCUGCUCUUUCAGAUGUCUCUGGACUAGCCACUUAUAAACACAGUCAUCAGCUUGCUAUUCCCACUGUAUGGGUGUAGUGGACACCCACGAGUGGUAAUAGUCCCCGUGUCAGCAUUCUGGCGGUCGGGAUCCCGGCGUUGGUAUACUGAGCGCCAGGAUCCCGACUGCUGGUAAUGUGACGACAUCCUAUCAGCUCUACCGGGGAGAUCCUUACCCUUUAACUUCAGCGAUAUCUUUGAACCAGAUUUGCACUAGGUACAGUUCAUUAAGUCUGACUGUCUCUAUAUCUGUAUAUGUGUUGUGUGAGUUUUAUGUGUAUGCGUGUGUGUAUUGUUAGCCCUUACCUUUCUCUGUAUGUACAUAUUUAUUUAUUGCAGUUUGAAUUGUUAUUUAUUUUCUUUGUAUUUAUUUUGGUAUCUCAGUGAUACUGUACCUACAGGUAUACGAAUAUUGCUUAAAUAUACCCUUACCUAUGGUGUACAUAUAUCUAUGCCUAUAGGAAGGCCUCACUGUAUAUAUCUGGCCCCUGUUCUGCUGACAACCAUUAUUAAGGCCUGAAAUGUGUGUGUGUCAGACCAUAGUAAUAAUAAUAUACCAUGCACCAUAGAGGUAAGUCUCUUAGUGUAUAUACACACAAGUCCUACAGAUAUAAAUAUGUGUCAGAAUGUAUAAAUAAUGUACCCAAAGGACCAGUCUUUACUGAUAUGGAUACAGGCAUGCCAAGUGUCUUGUUUAAUAAACUGAUUAUUCCUUAUCACUAUG